CAGCGUCAUCGUCCCCUGUUGCGUCGCAUCCCCAGCCACCAACCAACCCCCUCUAUCCGAAGCCUCACCCAAAAAACGCUUUGUUGUAAUUUCACACUUGACCUCAAUUGGAUGGAGCUUUUUCAUCCCCUGUCUUGUUGACUUUUGUUCUUUUUUGCUUCCUUUUGCUUUUCUCUCUUCCUGAGUAUCAAAACACCAAGACCUUAAUCGCUAUCGUGUGAUUAAUACCUGAUAAGAGGCCUCAAUUGGUACCUCUUGGCGUAUCGACCCGACGUCAGAUCCCCAGCCAACGCAGCAUAAUCUCCACACCUAAACGUCCCGACCCAACUGGACGCGCAGAAAAACACCGACGACGAGAGAUUUAAACGCGUGAGGCAUCAACGCAGCAGCUUCAAUUUUGAGGCACCCAAACUAUCCUUCACGAUUUGAGGUUCCCUUCAAAGCGACGCUGGGCAAUCAAGUGGUCGCCGAUCGGCGGGGCUUGUUCUGCGACGUGGCAGUCCUUUUUGGUUUCGGGAAGAAUCGUCCAGCGACGCGUGAUUCCUGGGCUUUCGACGAUUUAUACUAUAUCUUGCCGACCUCGACGACAAAUUGAGCGUAUUAUUCACUCUUGGUUGAUACAGACGAAAUGGUCGCCAAAUCAACUGUUACCGGUUUGACCGGCACGACAGGAUGGACGGGAACGAGCUUCACACGAUCGUCAAUGACCUACGACGGGCCUCCGCCAUCUACACAUGUUCGAACAUACAACUGGCCUCCUUGGCAAUUGAAUUUCUGGAUCUUUGUUAUCCUCCUUGCUUCGACGAGCAUCAUUGGCGUGUUUGCGACAUUUAUACAGAUCCAGACUCAGCUUGAGCUAGGAAUUCCAUGGUACUUUCCCUACUUUAUCACCGUCGGUUCUCUCUCUAUUAUUUUUAUUCUCGGUAUCUUCUGGCUCAUCGCCCAACGACGCCUCCUCCCCGCCAUCGUAAUGGUCGGCGGUUUCAUGUUCUUCAUACUCUGGCUCGUGGGCCUUGUCGUCGUAGCGAUACAGUUAUUCGGGCCCGAUGGAUCUAUCCAGAGCGUGUGCGAUGUACAAGUCUUUGGAAGAAAUCCUAAGGGUACGAGCAUGGCGACGAUGGCGUGGCUACAACAACGAAACAUCUGUCAAUCAUGGCAGCUUGUCUUUGCGAUGGCUCUUACUGGUACUGUCUUCUUCGUCUGGGUUAUGAUCAUGGCGUACCAAGUCUUUGUCAAUUCAUAACCCACCACUGAGGGAAAUACAGACAGAGGGGGAUAAUUGGAUUAAUGACGAAGUUACGAAGCAUGGCAUGACGCCUGGAGUUGCAUGAUUGUUACAAUAUGUUUGUUUGCAUUGGAUGGAGUUGGAUUGGACGGGACAGAACAGGGCAUUGGUGCAUUCGCAGGCAUUCUGUUGGAUAGUAUAGACGAGCACAUUAAUUGGCCUCGAAGGGAUCAUCACAUGUUGGCUUCUCACAGGGAGAAUUAAUACUUCUGAUGAUAAACCAGGGUGCCAGAAUAAAUUGGUCUGGCUCUACUAAAACAUACUAAAUUUACAUCACUGGUGCGGCUUGUGUCACGGUCUCAAUGUCAGAGUACGAUAGGAUAGUACGGUGAAAAUAACGACUAUUGCUUUUGCUUUUGUUGGU